AUGGACACGGACCGGCCGCCCCCGGCCCCGGCCCGGGCCCCGCGUCCACCCCGGGCCCUUCCACCAGUGCCAAGUGCAAAUCAAGAUGGCAUUCCACUGAGUCGUCCGAAACGGAAGAAACCCAAAGCCAAAAAUGCACUAGUCAACGCCUCCCUCGAGGGCCUCUUCCAGGGAACCGUCCGGCGUCCCUCGGAGAGCAGCGAACCCUUGGCGACCGACCGCCUGGAUCGUCCAGACGCCCCACUGCAGAAGAAACGCAAGAAGAAGAAAACGCCUCUCGAAUCGGAGACCUCGUUCAGCCCGGCGGGAACCCCCGGGGCGACGGCCAUUCCGAAGGAAAACGGUCCCGGUCGAGAGCCAGGAGAGGAGGAGGCCACCAUCGCCACGACUGCAGCCGCUGCCGCCCGCAAAUCUCGCAAAAAAGCCAGGAAGCCCCGGCCGCCGGAGAGCCAGCAGGCCAACGAGUUGGGAGUGGAAGACGAGGACAUCGUGGUGGGCGAACACGCCCGCCUGGACCCGCCGCGUCCGUUCGCCGGGCCCACGAGCGUCAGUCAGCCCGUAGGAAAAGUGUUUGUGGAAAAGAGCCGACGCUUCCAGGCCGCCGAUCGCUCCGAGUUGGCUAAAGCCUCUGAAAACAUGGAUGUGCUGAUGGACGUCAGACCCCCGUGGACCACGAGAGACGUGGCUCUUUCCGUCCACCGAGGAUUCAGGACGGUCGGUCUCUUUUCCCACGGCUUCCUGGCCGGCUAUUCCGUGUGGAACGUCAUCGUGAUUUACGUCAUAGCGGGAGAACAGUUGUCGGACGUGUCCCAUUUCCUCCAGCAGUAUAAGACCUUAGUCUAUCCCGCUCAGAGCCUCCUCUACUUGCUCCUGGCCAUAAGCACAGUUUCAGCCUUCGACAGGAUCAACUUGGCUAAAGCCUCCGUGGCGUUUCGUGGCUUCGUGUCUCUGGACCCAACGGCCUUGGCAUCUUUCCUGUAUUUUGCGGCGCUCACCUUGUCCCUCAGCCAGCAGACGACGAGCGAUCGAAUCCACCUGUACACCCCUCCGUCCGCCAAUGGCAGCCUCUGGGUAACGGGGACAGAGGGGCAGGUUGUCCGGCCCUGGAUUGUGGUGAAUCUGGUGGUGGCUCUGCUCUCUGGACUGUCUUGGAUUUUCCUGUCCUACAGGCCGGAUCUGGAUCUCAGCGAAGAGCUGAUGUUCUCAUCGGAUCUGCAGGAAUAUCCUCAUCUGGAUAAGAGACUUAAAGACCCUUCAUAAUGAUGUUGGAAAUCAAUCUUUCAAGGUUCAGUGACCCGGUACUUUGAGAAAUGCCAUUUUACCCUGAGGUCCUUUAUAAUGUAUUUUUAAUCUGAUGUUUGGAUUGGCCGUUUGUCCAGUUGGGAAAAAAAAUCAUCCAUGAUUAUAUUAAAAUAGCCAAAUUUUGUACUGUCUUUGUAAACUCAUCUGGAGAAAAUAAAGGUAGACUUUUAGUAUGUGAAAGUAUUUGGGGGGAAUUUUUCCUUUUUCUGAAUUGUGCUAGCCAAUCUGAAUAAGCUCACGCGAAAGCGCCGAUGUAAAACACUCAAUGUCAAAUGUACAAAUAAAUCCAGAGGGGCAUGGUAGAAAAAAAUAAAUUCUCAUUGCGUAUUUGCUUG